GAUGGGAAUCGCAGAUCCUGGAAACAGGCUUCUUGGGGAUAUUCCUCUGCCCUCUCUGGACCCUGUCCCGCCUGCCCCAGCACACUCCUCCUUCCAGCAUCGUCAUCUGGGGCUUUCGGUGGCUGAUCUUCAGGAUCAUGCUUGGAGCCGGUCUGAUUAAAAUCCGAGGAGAUCGCUGCUGGCGGGAGUUAACUUGCAUGGAUUAUCACUACGAGACGCAGCCAGUGCCCAACCCCAUCGCCUACUUCAUGCAUCGCUCACCGUGGUGGUUUCAUCGCUUCGAGACCCUGGUCAAUCACUUCAUCGAGCUGGUGGUGCCAUUCUUCCUGCUCCUGGGGCGGCGGAUGUGCGUUGUGCAUGGCCUCCUGCAGGUGCUUUUCCAGGUGCUUCUGAUCAUCAGUGGAAACCUGAGUUUCCUCAACUGGCUAACCAUGGUGCCCAGCAUCGCCUGCUUCGACGACGUCAGCCUGGGGUUCCUCUUCAGCUCCAGGGUGAAAGAGCGCGUGGUGCAGAUGCAGAGCAAAGAGGCAGCCAGGGAGCAGCUUCCCCGGGGCUGCUAUAUCCGCAAAGUGGUGAACGUCUCCUUCGGCCUCCUCAUUGCUUAUCUCAGCAUCCCGGUUGUCCUAAACCUGCUUAACUCCAGACAAGUCAUGAACACCUCGUUCAACCCUCUCAGGAUAGUGAACACCUAUGGAGCUUUUGGAAGCAUUACCAAGGAGAGAACAGAAGUUGUCCUUCAGGGGACAUCCAGCCUGGAUCCCAAUGACCCCGCUGCUGUCUGGGAGGAGUUUGACUUCAAAUGCAAGCCUGGGGACUUGAAGAGGAGGCCAUGCUUCAUCAGCCCCUACCACUACCGCCUGGACUGGCUGAUGUGGUUCGCUGCCUUCCAGACCUAUGAGCAGAAUGAAUGGAUCAUCCACUUGGCUGGGAAGCUGCUGGCUCAGGAAGAGGAGGCCUUGUCCUUGAUGGCAACGAACCCCUUUGCAGGCAGAGCACCUCCACGGUGGAUCCGAGGGGAGCACUUCAAGUACAAAUUCAGCCAGCCCGGGGGAAAGCACGCCAGUGAGGGAAAGUGGUGGAUUCGGAAGAGGAUCGGCCCUUACUUCCCCCCUGUCAACCUCAAGGGUCUGAAGAAGUUCUAUGAAGACAGGAAUUGGCUGUACCCUGAAUUUGGGAACGACAGCACCACGCAGACAGCCCUUGCCCCGAGACCCCUCUGCAUCUUCCCAAAGCCGGAGCCAGCCACGGCAAGGCUGGACGUGCUGGUCACAGGCCGAGCUCCGGUUCACCAAGAGGAGAGUGGGUACCAGGAGGAACAGGAGUUCACCACCCCAAAUGCCACCCGCAGGUCCCUGGACACGGAUGCCACCACAGACCCAUCGCUGGACACAGCUUUGCUGCUACGAGAUGGAAUGCCAUCACCUUCGUGGCAGAAAGAG